AUGCUUCGCGAUAUUCCUCGGGAAGCGUCUUCAUCCGCGGCGAUGGUGCGAUUUUACCCGCAGUGGAUGUGGGCGCUCAUCCAUUUUUGUCAUGCAACGAUUUUCACAAACGACUGGGCGAUAAGAAUAAAGGCUGACAACGAGUCUGUCGACAGGAUAGCAGGAAAGUAUGGAUUUACCAAUAUGGGACAGAUCGGAGAGCUGAGGGGUUAUUAUAGAUUUCACCACCAUGAGACGGCGGCGAGGUCUGCAGUGUCUAAUGAUGAGGUGACUGUUAGCAUCGCCAAGGAGACCAAGGUGGAAUGGCUCCAACAGCAGGUGGUCCUACAAAGAGUGAAAAGGACCCCAAUGGUCGGUCACAUCCCCUCCAGUGACAUUAAGACCGGAUACUAUACCAAAGUUCGUCCUGAGUCCAGUCGCACACAGACUCAGCACAGCAAUAACUCGGUGUGGAGCAGCCUGUGGUACAUUCACUGCAGCGGAGGAUCCAAAGGCUGCCAGUCUGGUAUGAACAUCGCAGGGGCCUGGAGGAGGGGGUACACUGGAAAGGGUGUGGUGGUGUCUGUCCUAGAUGAUGGCAUUGAGAGAGAGCAUCCGGAUCUGAAGCCAAAUUAUGACCCUCUUGCCAGUUAUGACGUGAAUAACCAAGACCAGGAUCCUUCUCCAAAUUAUUCCAACUACCAUGGGACUCAGUGCGCAGGGACAGUUGCAGCAGCUGCAAAUAACUCUCAGUGCACAGUUGGAGUGUCUUUCCAUGCACGCAUAGGCGGCAUCCGCAUGCUGGAUGGAGAUGUGACAGACAUUGUGGAGGCCCAGUCCCUGAGCUUCAAACCACAGCAUAUCGAUAUAUACUUAGCUAACUGGGGGCCACAGGAUGAUGGGGCCACCUUGGAAGGACCGGGGCCCCUGACUCGUCUGGCUUUACUGAAUGGCAUCAAAAAUGGCCGGCAUGGGAGAGGCUCUGUUUUUGUCUGGGCGUCUGGAAACGGAGGGGGAAGAGGUGACCACUGUUCCUGUGACGGAUACAGCAGCAGCAUUUUCACCAUCUCCGUCAGCAGCAGCGCUCAGGGUGGAAGCCGGCCAGAUUACCUGGAGCGAUGCUCCUCCACCCUGGCAGCAGCGUACGGUGGAGGGGAGAUGGAGGAGAUGGUAACGUUGGGCCCACAUCAGAGUUGCAGCGAGGCUAAAUCUGCGUCCUCUCUCUCCUCCUCCGUGGCUGCAGGAAUCAUCGCUCUCACUUUGGAGGCCAACCCCUUGCUAACCUGGAGGGAUGUGCAGCAUAUUAUUGUCCGGACAUCAAAAGCUCAUCUUCUGGCUGCUCCAGACUGGCACGUUAAUGGAGCGGGAUAUAAGGUGAGCCACCUCUACGGCUUCGGCCUGCUGGAUGCUGAGGGCAUGGUGAAGGAGGCCGAGCGUUGGAAACAAGUCCCUUCGCAGCACGAGUGUGUGGAGGAGGCCCCCGCCCAGCCAAGCAGAACAAUUCAUCCUGGCUUGGUGCUGACGUCUGUGUAUGAGACUACAGGCUGCUCCGGCGAUUCCCAGCAUCACGUCGUUUAUGUGGAGCAUGUUGUCGUCCGUGUUACCAUCACUCACAGGCAUCGCGGUGACCUUUCCAUUACGCUCACCUCACCUUCAGGCAGUGUGUCGCAGCUGCUAGCUAACAGGCCUCAUGACUACUCUGAGGAGGGAUUUCAGAACUGGGAAUUCAUGACGACUCACUGCUGGGGGGAGCAGGCAGCAGGAGAGUGGAUUCUAAAUAUCCAGGAUACUCCCUCUGAGAAGAGACACAGCACUGAACCAGGGAUGUUAAAGCAGUGGUUGCUGGUGAUUUAUGGCACCGCAGAGCAUCCGUAUCCUGUGCAUCGUGAGCGAGCCAGAUCAGCCGAGAUACCGAUGGAUAGUGACCUCACUGAGGAGUACAGCGGACCCUGCGACCCAGAAUGCAGUGACGACGGCUGUGAGGGGCCCAGCCCGCAGCAGUGUGUCACGUGUUUACACUUUUUUCUAAAGUUCAAGAACAACACAAGGAUGUGCAUGUCCGAGUGUCCCAGGGGAUUCUGGGGCGACCGGCGGCGUUGUAAGAGGUGCUACUCCUCCUGUGAGAGCUGCACCGGGAGUCGCAGUGAUCAGUGCAUGUCCUGUCAGGCUGGUCACCACCUAACAGAGGGGACGAACACCUGCACAGCCAUCUGUGGAGACGGCUACUACCUAGACCACGAUGCAAAUAUGUGCAGGAAGUGCAGCGAAAACUGCUUGAAGUGCACCUCGUACAGCAUCUGCACCGAAUGCAAACCAGACACAAGUCUGCAGGGGAACCGGUGCCAGCUGAGCUGUGGUGCUGGAUUCUACCAUGACAGACAGGAAGGCGCAUGCAAGCCCUGCCACCAGGCCUGUGCUACCUGUGCAGGUGCAGGUGUCAAAGCGUGCGACCGUUGUGCAGAGGGUUACCUGAUGGAGGAGUGGAGGUGCGUGUCCUCCUGCAGCGCUGGGUUCUACGCCGCCGAGCCGAGCCCAGAGACGGCUAGCGGGCACAGGACAUGUAGGAGGUGCGAUGCCAGCUGUCUCACCUGUACCGGGCCGAGCCGGGGGAACUGCAGCAGCUGUUCCAGCGGUCACAGCCUGCAGGAGGGAGCGUGUGUUGUUAACACUGAGUGCACAGACGGAGAGUACCAGGACGCUAACGGGGAGUGCCACGCGUGUGAUGCAACGUGUCUGAAGUGCACAGGGCCGCAGAAGGAAGACUGCAUCAGCUGUGUUUCUUCACGGGCUUUAGACGAAGGCCGCUGUCUGCUAGAAUGUGCCAAGGGAAAAUACAUGUCAGGUGGACGGUGUCACCUGUGCGACCACACCUGUGCCACCUGUGUGGAGGCGGGGCCAGCCAACUGUACUAGCUGUGACACCGAUAAGUUUGGGUUGGAGCGGUACCUCUAUAAAGGCCACUGUGUGGACGCCUGUCCCGAGGCCUUCUACCACACCAACGAGAGGACCUGCCAGCCCUGCUCGGACCACUGCCGCCUCUGUACGAGCCCCAGCCGCUGCCUUAAGUGUAACUCCUCCUUCUACGUCUCUGAUGGAGCGUGUGCUAAGCUGGAGUGUGGAGAAGGUGAGGUGGAGGAUCCAGAUUACGACGACUGCAUGGCGUGCGAGGAGGGCUGCAGGAAGUGUGUUCUCUAUAACCCCAGGCAUUGCUUGUCCUGCACUGAGGGCUUUUACAACUUUCAGGAUGGCUGCUACAAAACCUGCCCGGCCAAGACGUACAGCGUGGAGGAGGAGAUGAUCUGCGUUUCGUGUGACGAAAACUGUGUGAGCUGCGAUGAACACGAGUGCUACUGGUGUGAGACCGACCUCUUCUUAUCAGAGGGAAGUUGUGUUUCAGUGUGUCCACAUGGUUUCUAUGGAGACGACGACACCAACGACUGUGAGGAGUGUCACCCGGACUGCGUGGCGUGCAGCGGCCCAGAGGACGGCGACUGUCUGUCGUGCGAGGAAGGGAGGACAUUGGAAAAUGGAGAGUGUGUGUCCGAACACGAGGUCUGUCCCAGUAAGACCUUUCGGAGCGAUUAUGGAGAGUGUGAGGACUGCCACCUGUCAUGUGAGUCCUGCUCCGGAGAGGAGAAGAACCAGUGUAUAACAUGUCCAAAAGGGCGGUUUCUGACCACACAGCAAACAUGUGUGUCAAAAUGUCCGGGGGGGUUCUUUGCCAGUCGGCUGAGCGGUGUGUGUGAGGCAUGCCCUGCAGGCUGUUUGCAGUGUGUGGACGCUCAGCGCUGCACCCGCUGUCAGAGCACACGGAGGGCUCAGUUACUCCUGCAGGAUGGACAGUGCGUCCAGGAAUGUUUCAGGGGUUACCCUGCAGGCCAGGUGUGUCGAAGCUGUGCCGAAGGCUGUGCGUCCUGUGAGAAGAACGCCACCCACUGCCUCAGCUGUGAAGAACCCCUCCUCCUCCACAAGCACCAGUGUGUGGACGAGUGUCCUCCAGCGCACACCGUCAGGGAAGGGGAGUGCCAUCACUGCCCCGCCGCCUGUGAGGAGUGCAACCCGCUCGGGCAGUGCACAGGCUGUGAAGAGUAUCACUUUCUCCACGAGGGCCUGUGUGUCCUCGACUGUCCCGAGAGGUUCUUUGAGGACACGGAGCAAGGGGAGUGUUCGCGGUGCCACCCCGACUGCUCAGUGUGCGACGGCCCCAACGACAACGACUGUGAUGACUGUGCUGACCCUGAGGCCUCUCUGCACCGUGGGACGUGCCUCUUCGCUUGCCCCGUCAGCACCUACAGAGACGCUUUGACGGGAGAAUGUAAAGACUGUGAUGCCUCCUGCCUCACCUGCUCUGGUCCCCACUCCGGCUCCUGCACCAGCUGCAGAGAGGACCACAGGCUUGAGGGCCACGGCCAUUGUGUACUGUCAGCCAACAAAUGCUCACCUCAUCAGUACACAGACCAGACCGGGGACUGCCAUCCGUGUCACAAAUACUGCCACAGGUGCUCGGGUCCCGGCAUAACGCACUGCCUGAGCUGCAACCAGAGACAUCUCCUGCUCAAUGGCACCUGUGUGGAUGCGUGCCCCGCUGGCUACUACCAGGACGAGGCGGGCCAGAAAUGCGAGCCUUGUCACGCUUCCUGUCUGUCGUGCGUUGGGGAGAAGAGCCACGAAUGCCUCGUCUGUAAAAGCCACCUAUUCAGAGAGGGCAAAGAGUGUGUGGAGACCUGCCUGCACAGUCACUAUGGAAACACAGGCUUGGGGACGUGCGAGAAGUGUGACCCGAGCUGUGGCGAGUGUAUCGGGGGUGGGGAGGACAGCUGCCUGAGCUGUGCUCUGGGUCUCAUCUACUUGCGGAAAGAAGGCCGCUGCCUCCCCUCGUGCCCUGAGGGAUACUACCACGACACGGUGCACAGGACCUGCGAGCACUGCCAUGCCAGCUGCAGAGCGUGCUCAGGGAAAGAUCACCAGUCCUGUGACUCGUGCUUCGCUGGCUUCCUGCUCUCUGAUGGCAUGUGUGAGUCCAUGUGCGAUGUAGGCCAGUAUCCAGUCACAAAGGGUUCAGGACACGCGUGUGAGGAGUGUGACGGCUCCUGUCUGGAGUGCCGGGGCCCCGGUACUGCCAACUGCACCAUGUGUCCUCCUCAGGCCAUCUUAGAAGCUGGAGGGCGCUGUUUGCUCUGCUGCCGCCAUGAGGAGGAGGAGGUGGCCUCGAUGCUGCAGCAGGACUGUUGUAACUGCACCGAGACUCGAGGCGAGUGCGUCCUCAGCACCAACUUGGCUUUCAGAAACGAGGAGGAAGAGGAGGCCCGAGGUAACCUGACCGUCUUCAUCAUCGCCUGCAUCCUCCUGGUGUUUGGACUCAUAGCUGUGGUCUUCCUCAUCAAACACUCCCGCUCCAAGAGCCAGCCCCCGGACAUCACUCCGCGUGGCUACGAGAAGCUAGGGUCCGGCGGUGGGUACGGAGGCAGCAGCAGACAUGGCGGCUACAGCUCGGCUUCCUCUAUGUCGUACAGCAACCGCGGUGCCAGCUCCUCCGGCGGCCGCUUCCAGGAGUCUCAGCUGGUCGACAUCGGCGAACGGCGCUCAGGGGUGAAGGAUGACGACGACGAUGACGAAGAUGAGGACAUUGUUUACAUGGGGCAGGAUGGCACCGUGUACAGAAAGUUCCGCUACGGACAGUUGGGAGAGGACAACGAGGACGAAUUGGAGUAUGAUGAUGAGAGCUACACAUUCCGAUGAAUGUAAGAAAAUCUCCUUUUUCUCUCUUUCCUCUGUGCUGUUUAUCUCUUCCUGCCUGGGGGGACUGAUCCAUUUAUCCUCCUCUGAAUAUGAGUAGAAUCAAAUGAGACAUGAGAAGCUAUUUAUAACGAGCAGCAUUUUACAACUGCUAUCCAUUCACAAAAAGAAAUGUGCAGCUGACAAAGUCAAUGUUAAACAAUCUCAAGGACUUUUUACACCAUUAAGUAUAACUUUUAAUCUUAUUUUAAGGUCUCAGCUUCCUUCUAAUUGUAUUGUAACUAGCACUGGUAUUGACUAGAUUUGAAAAUAUUUUUAGGGAUGCUCCGAUUGAUUGGCAGCCAGUUAUGAUUGGCUAAUAAAACAGGAACCCUACAUGAUAUGACAAGUUCAUAGGUAAAAAAACUCACUAGAUAUGUUUUUUGAGAAAAAAUAAAGUUAUAAAUGCUGCAGGUUAUGUCUUAGUCCUCAUAGUGGUGGGACGUCAUCCAGCUAUAGCAGUCUCUCUAUCUGUGCCAUUUCUGUGCAUUAGUUGUCCAUCAAAUCUUUGUAUUAUGCACGUGAAGGUACUGUUAGUGAAGAGAAACAUCAUGAAGAUGUGAUUCUCAGUGUAAACCAAAGUGAAUGUAGUCAUAGGGGCAAAAAGACGGCGAGCCUCCAUGCCUGAGCAGUGAGUCCUGGCUGUUGACACCCGUACAGCUCUAAGUACCGCUGCUCACACCUGGUGUAGUCCUCAUCAAAUCCUGGUGUCUCAGUAAUCACCUGAACACUGCAUCUUUGUAUGCAAGUAAACACUGAGCCUUAUUCACCCUAAACAGCCUUUACUAACAGGAAAUAAUGACAGCAUACCACAAAGGUUUGUCAAUGAAGAUUAGUGUUGCUGCAGUGUUUUACCUUCUGUACUACACAGCUUUUAUGGUGCUGACUUUCUGAUGUUUGAAGAAACCCAAAAUAUUUCAUUAUCUUCCUUUUAGUCUUGCUGUCAGAGGACAGGCGCUGACGUACGCAUGCUCAGCUCCAGGAAGCUGGACAAACACUAUUAACAAUGGAGCAUUACGUGGAUAAAAUGUAUGCCCAGGCCAGUCAGAAGAGUGAAAGCAUCUUCUCAUGAGAAGCUUACAGUGGUGCUCUUUGCUCUUAUUUCAAUAAAAGAUGUGGUCUAGGUCUAAUUAAACUGCCACUUUUCUACAGCUACAUCCGAGCUAACUGCUAACUUUACUGUUUUUUUGGUUAAAGAAAUUUGCUCCAGUUCUUAUAAACCUUCCACUAUACUAAAGCUACAUCUGCGCUAACUGCUAACUUUACACUUUUUCUAUAUAAAGAAAAGUUGUCCAGUUCUUAUAAACCUUCCGCUAUACUAAAGCUACAUCUUGGCUAACUGCUAACUUUACUAUUUUUUUAUAUAAAGAACAGUUGUCCAGUUCUUAUGAACCUUUUGCUACCUAGCUUGCCCACAGCUACCGCUUUAUUCUCUUAAGAUGACACAUAUUGAUCUGUACAGUGUUCGCUUUGGCACAAAUGUUGAGGAUUGGAGCUUUCUGAGAUGGAUUUGCCCGUUGACAGACAUGGAGUCAGGGUAAUCCAAUGACUUUCCAAGAUUAUUAUUGAUGGUCCAUCACAAGUUGGUAGGAGAAAAUGUGAAUGAGAUGCAUUGAGAGUGAGAAACAAGUCAUAGUGGGUUUGAUUGAGAAUUUCUCUGCCUUUUAAAACCUGAUUUAAGCAUCUGAUUAAGUGGGGUCAAGAUUUCUCUUAAGGAAGUGGUUGGCCCUGAUGCCUGACCAGCUGAGAACCAUUUACAAUUUAGUUUCAAAUUAUAACUGUAUUGUUAUAUAUCUCUUAUCAUAGGAGACUUUUUGCGUUGCCCCUUUCUGUCUGCUGUGUUUAACAAAGUAAAAACAUGUUGCUGAUUGAAGAAUGACUUUUGCACUCCUGAUCGGAGCAUCCCUAAAAAUGUCAUGAAUCAUAUUAUUCCCUUUUCUUGUGUUGACAGAUUUGCAUUGAUUAAACUUGCUGUUUCUUUUGCUUUCUUCCAUUCCGAAGUGUUUUCUGACAUUGAUUUUUAAAUUAAGAAUGUGUUCUGUUCAA